CUCACCUGGCAACACUGGUCAUGGUCAGUCAGUACUGUUGUUGAGAGCUAAAAAGAGAAGGAAGAGAUGCUAUGAAAUAAACAACAAAAAUAACGAUAUUUUAGCUUUUUCAGUUUAUCAUUCAAGUCAAGGUCAUUUCUUGGGUUUUUUCACGUAUCAGGCAGUGAAGAUGCAGUGCAGUGUUUGUAGUUCGUUGAAAAAUGUGAUGUUUUGGUCGUAAUCUGUACUUACAAGGUAAUUGUUGUACCCUAGAGAACAAAAAUACUAGGAAUAGUAUCAAAUAUCAUAAUAAAUUAAUUUCCAUUGCGGAUUUGAUAAAAAAUGUUGUUUUUAUGCUAUUAGUUAUUACUCUGUGAUAGGAUUUACCUAACAUAACCUAGAAAUAAUAAUUGUACGCGGUUUGUUCAAAAAUACACAUAUGACAGCGAUAGCAUAACAUAGUCUGUGUCAGAAUAUCAACGAAUAUGAAUAAAGAACAAUUAAAACAACUACUAUUGGCGGCAGCGGCAGUGAUAAACAGCAAGGAAAGAUCAAACGAGCCCGUUGCACAGGCAUCUAGCUCAAGAUGUUCGAGCGUUUCGAGGGCUUCUAGUAGCAGAAAACGGAAAGCAUCACCAGAACGAGAACAGGUUGCAAGAAGACAAAAAGAUAUAGUGGGAGUAAAUUAUCGUUUGGAACCUCCUGGUCCUGCUACUGUAAGCGGCUCUAGGGCAUCCAGUGUAUCAAAGGCUUCGACUAGCAGAAAACGGCAACGAACUUCAUCUGAACGCAGUCAGGGAGCUGAAAAUGAUGUCGAUCCAUUGAGAUCCUUGGCAAAGAUGUUAAUGAAAGAGACAGUAUUACCUGCGAAAGAAAUUAAGCCAAUUCAGGGCUACGUAAAAAAAGAAAAAUACGUUGCUUUGUUGGAAAAAUACAAUAAACUGCAAGCUGACUAUGAAGCUUUGCAAAAAAGAUAUCGCCUGACGCUUGACUGCUUAGGUACCCUAGGCGACUCUGGGGUUGAUAGUGAUGCCAACGAAAAACUCAAUGGUGAAGUAUCAGAAAGCGACGAGAAUGUCCCCAAUGGAGAGAACGGAGAAGGACAAGAAAACGAUGAAGAUUAUGAAGAACCAGAAAAUGAGGAGGAUAUAGAAGAUAAUGAAGAAAUAUCAGGAGAUGGCGAUGAAGAGGUAUCCGGCGACGAAGAAGCACUGAAAGAUGAACCAGAAGAAGAUAAUGGACAAGAUCCUGAAGAAGAUUCAGAAGAAGAAAGCCAAGAUGUCAUUGUAAACACGGACUCUUUCGUUACUAGCGAUCAAUGGAAGAUUCUGCUACGUUCUCAGACCGUAAAGCACUUUGUGGAGAAUGCUCUUAAAAUCCUCUUUGACAAAGAGACGUUAUUGACCUUAGACGUGACACUGAAGAAUGGCACUUCGUCUUCGGACCACCACACUGUAAAGUUAAAGACUGAAGUUCUUCGAGUUUUACUGGAUAAAUACCUUGAAGAGAAGAAAUUCAGCAAUGAUGUGAAGGUAACAGGGAGAAAUGAAUGGAAGAAACACAUGUCUGAUUAUAUCCGGUUCCUUAAACAGAAAGCUGCAGAUGGUUUCGAUAUAAAAUACCUGUAAACAUAGCUUGCAUACAGAGGAAGGUUUUUGCAUUCUACAUAUACUCUAGCAAGCCGACUUUGUCAGUAGAUAAAGGGACAGGGUCAGCAAUAUUCUUAUGGGAGACAGAGCCCUUGCGCCUGCCUAUAUUUUUAAAAUUUGCCGCCUUUUUCUACUGACGAAGCUAACAUUGCAGUUGAGUUAUCCCGAUGUAAAUAGACGAUGUCAUCCUAACUAUAACCUCAUCUGUCGGUUCGCUAAUAAAAUGGUAAAUCUGUAAAACUAUGGUUCCAUAUUUACUGCAAUUAUGUCAAAACAGGGCGGUCCAAAGCGCUUUUUGGCGCAAAUCGUCAUUAAGUGGCGGCCAUCUGCGUUGACUUAAAAUUUUAGCAUUUUGACCCCAGUUUUAUGUAUUUUCAACUUCAUUUUUGUUCUUGCGUGUGUUCUGUUUUGUGCGGUUGUUGAACCAUAUUAUAUAUUAUGCGUUAUGUAUUAGUAUAUUAAGCAUUUAGGUCUAAAAGAUUUAUAUGUACCUUUCUAGCAUAUAUUUUCUAUAAAAAAUAUUAAGAUGUAUUGUAUAAUAAUUAAGUAUCUACAUUUUACGAUUGUUUUUAAACUGAAUUAUCUGACUCAUUAUAAAAAUAUGAUUAUUUUAUUUUAUUAUUGGGAGCCUAUAAUGUCCCACUGCUGGGUAAAGGCCUCCCCCCACUUUUUCAAGUCUUCCCAAUCCUGUGCAGUCUCUGGUCAUUCCUAACUCGUCUCUCCAUCGCCGACUUGGUCUGCCAGAUCCUCGUUUUGAGCUGGGUUGCCACUCUGUGGCGACCGUGGCCCAGCUCACUCGGCAUGCAGUAGAUGUGACGAACCCAGUCUGACUUUAGCUUGGCUGCUUUCCGAGCUACGUCGACUUCUUUUGUUCUAGAGCGCAGCGUGGUGUUCCGGGUAGGUGCGAAUUGGAAGUUUGCACAUGUCCAUGAGUUUACGCUUAAGCAACAUUGGGAGAUCGCCUUUUAUCGGAUGUUUCAUGGACUCGUAGUCUACCACGCGUUUUCAGUCCGUCUUUCGACUUCCUUCUCUUGUUGCGCCUGGAGGAAAACUAUUUGGCCUAAGUAAAUGUACUCUUGGACAUAUGCAACAUAUGCAAUACGGACAUAUUCUACGUGGUGUGCUAUUGGUCAUUAGCUUAGUCUUCGACAUGUUCAUCUUCAGUCCAACCUCAAGGUCUUGAAGGAGCAGAACAGCAGUCGAGGUGAACAGAACGAUGUCGUCGGCAAAUCGAAGAUUAGUUAGUCCUCCAUUUCCGACGACAAGGCCCCUUCCUCCCCAUUUUGCACUUUCAUAGUUUUGUCUAUGUUACAUAUUGUACACUGUUUCCAAACUAAAUUCGGGCACAGUGACUGCUACAACUCCGGUAUACUUAAACUUACUGACCAAUUCUUACAGAUUUAAAUAAAAGCUUUCUUUUUUUAACAUUGAUGUUGCACAAGUAAGAAAUAUCGCCGAAUGAAAAUGAUUAAACUGCAAUACCUACUUGAAUUGAACGAAUUGAAUUGCAAUACGUACAUCAGUCAUCAAAGGUGCACGUGGAAAAAAAAUCUCAGUUCAGAACUUCGAAUAUCUAGUUACGGAGACUUUUUCUCAUUUUCAUGCCUCUAUUGAACCGGCCAUCAAAGGAAUCCGACAGGAACAGCCGGCCUUAAAGGUGUUUUUUUCUUUUUAACCAUUCAAAAGUGUACUAUUGACUUUGACAGCUACUAUCGCUGUUGGUUCGCGACACAAUUUGCAUUGUCCUGGAAACGCCUCUUCGAUUGCUCCGUGUUCGAAAAUCGAAUGUUUAUUUUUGCUUUUCUUUUGUCUUUUACCUGUUCAAAUUUAAACUGUGUGUGUUAGUGUUAAGGCUGUUUAUUGAACUAAGUGUAAGAUCGAUGCUGUUUCAUGUAAUAAUUGGUUUAAAUAGUGUUUUCUGGGAAUGUAUGUGCAUUGGUUGUUAAUGUCACUUUGAUAUGAAGCUAUGUGAAGUUACUUUCAAAAAGUUAUUUGAGCUUUUUGAAAAUAACUUAAUAUAGUUGCUUUAUUAUUCUAAGUGUUAAGUUACGCUGUAAUUAUAGUGCCGGUUAUAAAAAAAUAAUUUAAUUAAUUUCGAAAUGAUUUCAUAUGUGAAAAAUAUUAUGACGUGCACGUACGUGUGAAAGGACUGUUUUAGUGUCUUAUUUUCAACUACUUAAGGCACAAUUUAUUUUUGAUCACUUGAUAGUCUCAAGAUAAUGCCUCAUUAUAAUUUUUUUAGAUACAAAUGUCCAUAAAGGCAUUAGUUAUUUGUGCAACAAGAGAGGAAAGUUGGUUUUUCUUGCGAGUGUUGAUUUUGAGUCCUGAUUCCUGAUUUAGCGAAUGAUUCUAAGUUAGAAUCUUAAGCGUAGCGAGGGACUUAAAAACACGAGAUGUAAAAUAACUUUGCUCUCGUGUGACACGCACAACUUUUCACCUCAGUAGUGAGAACAUAUUAAAGGAUAAAAAAAUUCAACAUCAAGUAAAGUUAACCACAUUUAUUUACAUUCAUGAAUGAAAAGCAUCAUUAUUAUGACGAAAGCUUGUCUCACUCCCUGGAGUGAGGAAAGUCACACUUUCGUCACUCCCCGGAGUGACGAAAGUAGGCUUGUUCGAGUUGCUGAGGUGAAAAAGUAAUAAUAAAUUACCUGGGUAUUAGGUUUGUACUUCCCGUUUAGUAAAGUUAAGUAUAGCCGGUCAAACAAGAUUGUUAGUAGAAAAGGGCAUGAAAUUAAAAUUUUAUACGGGACGAUUACUCUUUGCGCCUACGUUUUUUUUUAUUUUGCUGUUUUUUUCUACUGUCGUUAAUGGCUUGGCAGACUAUAAUAAUGUAAAACUAAUUAUUUGACUAUGUAAUAACUCUGACACAACACUGUAUUUUUUAUGAAGACUGCGUUUUGGUUUAAAGAAGUCUAUUUUUAUGCAGAAUAAAUAUAUGAAAUUAAA